CAUACAGGAGCUGCCUGCAACAACUAAGAAAACGUAAACCUAUAACGGCACGAUAACAUUUGGAGUGAUAUGUGGUUAGAGAAGUAGUUGUAUAUGAAAAUAAUAAUGUAAUGCAGCUAACUCACAAGUCUUACACCAAGAGGGACAUGCUUCAGCUAUUGUUGAUUCAUCUUGUCUGACCUGUUGAAGAUGGAUGAAGGGAUGGAUUCUCAAGAAAUCAAUCCUGCCACAAUUAGUUCUAAUGUGACUGCUGAAGUCAAGCCAGAGGGCGCAGGGAAUGAUGAUCCAAAAACAAACUUCACGGAUGAAAAAGAUGAACUCUUUUGUGGACCACAAAGGAAGGACACAACAAAAGACUGUGCACUACUGGAGAACAUGCAAGAUGAUGCAGCAUCUCUGACUUCAGUGGACUGUGGCUCUGCAAGUGGGCUGGAUGAACCUGUUCUUGCAGGCAGCAAAAGUGACACAGCUGAAACACACUGUUCUAAUGGGCAGAAAUCUAAAAGGUCAUCUUCUCCUGGUUAUAACCCUGUUAAAACAACCUGUGCUGCUGCACCCUCUUCAAAUCCCAAACUCACACUCUGUCUCAGUGAUAGUCCCAGGAAGGGUGUCAGUACACCCUCCAGUGAUGUGGAGAUGCUGAGUCCGGACAGCCCCGUUAGUAAAACCAUGUUCGUCAACAGCUCUGCAGGCAAGGAUCACGAUGGCGGCGCUUGUGCAGAGGACUCUGAGCUGUUUGACAAAUACUCUGAUUCUGGAUGUUCUGCCAAAGAAGAAGUCCCUCUGUUUGCCAUUAGAAGUGAAGAUGCUGAGAAAGCUGAGUGCAGUGGCUCAUCUGAUAUGAGCCAGGAAGCAAUUGGAAGCCAGUCAGUUGCAUUUUCCGAAAGCGUUUCACUCGCAUCACAUAACAUGGACAGAAGAUGGCUGGGGACACCCAUAGAUGAGCUGAACAGAAUGCCUCAGUGUGCCCCCCCUCUGUCUCACCUGAAAGCAAUGCAUAACCACACUGUCACAGUCAGGACAGAUCUCCUCAGAGAGGGCGAGGUCCCUGUUUCAUAUCCCAGCAAGUUUAAAGAUGUGUGGGAGGACGUGUCCGUGAAGAUGCCUUGCUCUGACAAGAAUCUUUUUCCUAUGGAGGAUGGAGGUGGUUUCCAAAGUCGGUGGGAGCUGAUCCACACUUCCUUGCAGGGAGGGUUCAAAAGUUCUCUGGAUGUGAGGGAUGCUAUAUUGAGAUACAACAUAACCCAUGCAAAGAAAUGGGACUUCACUGCCCUGAACCUUCUUUGCACAGAGUAUCUUGUUAAUCCAGAGUUACAACUCCUGUUUGAUGAUAUACUACCAGCUAUGGUUGACCUAGCACUCAAUGCUCCUGUCCUCUGCACAAUGGCAAUUCCCCUACUGAAGUCAAGGAUGAACCACUCCCUUACUCUCUCUCAGGAGCAAAUAGGCUGUCUUCUGGCCAAUGCCUUCUUCUGCACAUUCCCCCGACGCAACUCCCGCAAGUCGGAGUACUGCAAUUAUCCUGAGAUCAACUUCUACAGGUUAUUUGAAGGUUCUUCACCAAGAAAAAUUGAGAAAUUGAAAACUCUGCUGUGUUACUUCAGGAGAGUUACACAGACCAAGCCCACGGGUCUUGUUACAUUCACAAGACAAACACUGACCACUCCUCCUAACUGGGAAAGUUCCGAGACUCUGCUGAAGCGGCUUCACAUCACUUGUGAAGGGACGAUUGAGGAUGAUGGAUACGGGAUGCUGCAGGUGGACUUUGCAAACAGGUUAGUUGGUGGAGGAGUAACAGGACAUGGUCUGGUCCAGGAAGAGAUCAGGUUCCUCAUCAACCCUGAACUCAUUGUCUCGCGCCUCUUUACUGAAGCUUUGGAAUACAAUGAAUGCCUCAUCGUCACAGGUACUGAACGGUACAGUAAAUAUUCUGGCUAUGCUGAGAGUUUCAAAUGGAAGGACAGCCACAAGGACGAGACUGCCAGGGAUGACUGGCAGAGACGAUGUACAGAGAUAGUGGCCAUUGAUGCUCUUAAAUUCAGACACUUCCUUGAGCAGUUUCUCCCUGAGAAGAUGAUCAGAGAACUCAACAAGGCAUACUGUGGAUUCUUCAGACACAACGCAGACAGCAAGCCCCUCUCUGCAGUAGCCACAGGCAACUGGGGCUGUGGGGCUUUUGGUGGAGACACACGGCUCAAAGCCCUGAUUCAGUUGAUGGCUGCAGCAGAGGCCGGGAGAGACGUGGCGUACUUCACAUUUGGAGAUGCUCAGCUCAUGAGGGAUGUUCAUGAAAUACACACUUUCCUCACUGAGAGACAAGUCACCGUCGGGAGGCUGUACUACCUUCUAAACCAGUACUCCAGUUUGAUGUGCAAGAAUUGCCGCACGACGCGACCUGACGUCAGUCUCUACGGUUUCAUCUAUAAGAGAGUCUCUUCCCCUGCGGCUGCCGACGCCCCAGACUCUGCUAAGGAUUCUGGGACGUCCUCUCUCACAUCAGACUCUCAUUAAUACGGACAGAGCUGCAACUUAACCUCCCUCCCUCUGUCUCUACGUGUAAAAGAGACUCCAGGUUCCGAAAAAGCCUCAAUGUGCUCUCAGCCUUGUGCUUACAAUCACAUUUUCUCUCACACACUCUCCCUUUAAUUUUGUGAUCCCAACAUAAACUACCAAACACAGUUUUGCCUUUCUCGUUGGUG